AAACAGAAACUUCAAAGAGAGCUUCAGCAAAACAGGUACAUAUACAUGAGUUGAUUUUUCCAGGAAGAUGGUUGCUUUUGGGAAGAAGUUGAAAGAAUCACAAAUUCAAGAAUGGCAAAGAUAUUAUAUUAACUACAAGUUGUUGAAGAAGAAAGUUAACCGAUAUGCACAACAGUUGGAGGUCGGAAUACAAGAUCACCAUGAUGUUCUUAAGGACUUCUCAAGGAUGCUUGACAAUCAGAUUGAAAAGAUUGUGUUGUUCCUGCUGCAACAACAAGGACAACUAGCAAGAAGGUUAUCUGGUCUUGGGGAACAGCAUGAUGAUACUUUAGAGCAUCCGGAUGGACCGAAGAUAGCCGAGUUACAGGAAGCGUAUAGAGCAGUUGGGAAUGAUCUUUUGAGGCUUCUCUUUUUUCUUGAGAUGAAUGCUAUUGGUCUUAGAAAGAUUCUGAAAAAAUUCGAUAAGCGUUUUGGCUAUAGAUUCACUAAUUACUAUGUCAAAACCCGCGCAAAUCAUCCUUAUUCGCAGCUAAGACAAAUGCUUAAACAAGUGGGAAUUGGGGCUGUUGUUGGAGCCAUUUCUCGCAAUCUUGCAGACCUGCAGGACCAUCAUGGCAACUAUGUGUCCAUUUAUGAUCAGCCUGCUUUGUCCCACCCGGAUCCUGUGGUUUAUUCUAUCAAAGCAGCAGUAAACAAACUGUCAAAUUCAACAACUUUCCUUGAGUUCUUGGGGAAGCAUGCAUUUAUUAUGGAAGAGGAUUUACCAACUCCAACCGAAGAGGAUCCUUCUGAGCAUAAGUACCAUUUCAUGUCACUUAUGCUCAACUUGGUAAACACAUUCUUGUAUAUGGUGAACACAUACAUCGUUGUCCCAACAGCUGAUGACUACUCCCGAAGCCUUGGAGCUGCAGCAACUGUUUGUGGAGUUGUGAUUGGAUCCAUGGCUGUUGCACAAGUGUUCUCUUCGGUUUAUUUCAGUGCCUGGUCUAACAGAACAUAUUUCAGACCACUUCUGUUCAGCAGUGUUGUUCUUCUAGUUGGAAACACUUUAUAUGCCCUGGCUUAUGAUCUUAAUUCCAUAUCAGUUCUUUUAAUUGGUCGCCUUUUUUGUGGUCUAGGUUCUGCAAGAGCUGUUAACAGGAGAUAUAUAAGUGAUUGUGUGCCACAUAAGCUGAGGAUGAAGGCUUCUGCAGGGUUUGUGAGUGCAAGUGCCCUUGGAAUGGCUUGUGGUCCUGCUCUUGCUUGUCUGUUUCAAACUAAUUUUAAGAUUUUCAAUCUGACAUUCAAUGAAGACACUUUGCCUGGUUGGUUCAUGGUUGUUUCUUGGCUUCUCUACUUACUCUGGCUCUGGAUUUCCUUUAGAGAGCCUCCUCAUGAAACCCAAAACAGUCUUGCUUCACAGGAAGCUAUCGUUAAUGAGCCUGGGCCGUUGGUAACUUAUGCUGUGGAGAAUGGGUUCACACAGCCGUUGCUUUUGAACUUAGAAGCCAAACAUGUAGAAAAUGGAGAAGAAGAAGAAGAAGAAAAAGAAUGUGAUGAUGGAGAAGAAGAUUCUGCAGUGGAAAUUCAUAAACCUGUUACUUCAAUCACCCUAGCUUACAGGCUACUAACACCAUCUGUUAAGGUUCAACUCUUUGUUUAUUUCAUGCUUAAAUAUGCAAUGGAGAUAUUGCUAGCUGAAUCAAGUGUGGUCACCGAAUACUACUUUAUAUGGUCAACCAGCAGUGUUGCUGUCUUUCUGGCAUGUCUAGGACUAACUGUGCUUCCUGUGAACAUUGUUGUUGGAAACUACAUAAGCAACUUGUUUGAAGAAAGACAAGUCCUACUGGCAUCUGAAAUUAUGGUAUGCAUUGGAAUACUGCUAAGUUUUCAUGUAAUCAUCCCUUAUUCCGUACCCCAAUAUGUUGGAUCAGCACUUGUUACCUUUGUAUCUGCUGAAGUUCUUGAAGGUGUGAACUUGUCCCUUCUGUCUCGAGGCAUGUCAUCAAGGCUUUCCCGGGGAACUUACAAUGGAGGGCUGCUGUCCACAGAAGCAGGAACCUUGGCAAGGGUGAUCGCAGAUGGAACAAUAACACUGUCAGGGUACUUGGGUGAAAGUUGGCUCCUGAAUGCUACAUUGCUUCCUUCACUCUUGAUUUGUAUCUUCUCCAUUGUUGCCACUUGCGUUACCUAUAACUCGCUGUACUAAUUUCCUUGUAUGUGAAAAUCCUGUAUAUUAAUAUAAUUCUACAAUUCCACCCUCCCUGUUAUCAAUUUCCAGAUACAUUUACAUACAGUUUGAUAAACCCUUCCUCUGGGUCAUGUUUUUCUUUCUUCAUGCAUCUGCUCCACAUCUAUGUAUAAAAAAUAAAGCUUUUGUCACCGAAAAGUGUAAGAGAAAAUAAAAGGAAAAUUAGCCA